AUGUCACAGGAGACAGACAAGUAAGUGAUCAAGCGAGAGGAGACGAUCUUUGAUCAUUUUGACUGCAAGAGGAACACUUUUGAUUAAUUAAGUAAUUUUAUUUUAGCUCUUUAGAUGAAAAAAAAAACAAUGUUUGAUUAAGUUAGAGGAUUACUAAGUCUAUGUGUUGCUUUUUGUGAAAUUUAUAGGCCACAUAAUUUUUCUUUUUAGAGGAAAGUUGUCUGAACUUCUUGGCGCCGUGGAUUUUGUCAGAGCUGAAUUCGCCAUUUUUGACUGAUGAUGGAAAAGUGUUGAAAGUUAACUGACUGGAUGAAUUUACAUUUUCUAGUCUUUUGGUGAAAAUCGAGUUUAAUGCAGUGGUUUGCGGUUUUGUGUCUUGGGCCUGCAGAGGUGAUGGAUGGAUAUUCUUCUGAAUGAAGAGUUUGUGUGUGUUGCAUGUUGGCCUGUUGUUAAGUCGAACCCGCAACUCCUUUAUUUAUCAAGGGGGAUGAAUAGCUGUGUACCCCAGAGCUACAUGAAAUAACAACGAGAAAAGGAGAUGCUCUUUUUAUAAACUUUGACUGUACUUCAAAUGGACUUUUGAGAGUUUGGCGAAUCAGCUGAUGUUUGUUAUGCUUAUUACAGCCAAUAAAUGUUACAUUGCAUGACUUUUUGCAAAUGUACAUGGUAUUGUCUUUAUCAUUGUACUUUCUUUAUGUAGUUUGGUACAACUAUUGGACUAUUAUUAAAACUAAUUUAGUUUUUGAUGCCAUUUUGCAUUUUUUUUUUUAAAUUUAUACACAUUUUCCUAAAGUAAAGAUCAUUUAUUAUUAAUAUGAUCAUUAAAAAAAAUAAUAAUAAUAACCAUGAUAAAAAAUAAUUAUUCACUGUUAUAGUAAUAAAGCUUUAUGGCAUCCAGUAAUGUGUACACAGAUAUUGAGUUGCUAAGUCAUUAAAUGUAGUGACAGUUUUAACAUAUUUUUCAGUCUUCUGUUCCACUACAGUUGAAGACUGAGCUCCACAGUUAACUAUAUUUACUACCAACCACUAACUAUAUUAUAAAACUAACUCAGAACAGUAAGAGGAAAGCUGUUGAAAUCAUUACGCUAUCUAAGGUUGACGACUAUUACACCUGCAUAUCAGUCACCUGACAGGAUCACUGUGUCAGAGUAAAGUGUAAACAAAGUGUCACACAUCACACGUUUAGAAUAAAUAUAGAAAAAUCAACGGGACACCACAGGUUAGAGGUGGGAGGGACGGAAUUUCAUUGAUUGGUGUACAGGAAUUAACAAUUAAAAAACAGAAGCUUUUAUUGUCAAAUAAUCUACUUUUGUUUUGUGUUUAAAUGAAUCCAAAGGCGUUUUACUAAGCAGGAAACAGUGCCCUUAAAUACCUUGUAUUGCCUCAAAGCGAAAGAUAAAAGAUCAAAUGUAGUGUAAAAAAUUGCCUAAAACCACAUUUCAGAAGCUUGGAUUGGAUAUUUUUAGUUCCUUCAGGGAGUGAGUCAAACAUAACACAUGAUUGGAAUAAUUAUCUAUCAAUUAAAAGUUUGAGUCAGACAGUUUAGACAGGUAAAAACAACAAAUGAACUCCAAAAUAGCGCUUAAAGCAUCACGAUGAUAUCAUUCAUUUUAAGAAGUGCAAGUUGACACACUCGGAGCCUCUUUUGUGACUGAGUUCAAAGCUGUGUUGUGAAAACACUGAGAGUUUAACUGGUCUGUGAUCGUGACUUAAGAGGGUUUAAAGUAAAGUGAGACAAACCCCUAAACACACGCAACACAUGCAGGCAUGAAAAAGGUCAAAGUGUCACGUUUAGUUCCUCAUUUGAUAAUAAAAGAGAAAAAUAUUGUUGACGAACAAAGUUUUAUACUUUGAUUUCAUACUUUUCCUUACAAGGAAAUAAAAAAUCCUUCUCACAAGCUAACUCUCUUUAUCAUAAAUGUCUCUUUGUGUACAUCAGUAAGCGCCUGGUGGUGGUGGUCCCAAACGAGAGCUCAUUCCCUGCAGUGCGGCGGGCGUACACCAGUGAGGACGAGGCAUGGAGGUCGUACCUGGAGAACCCGCUCACAGCCGCCACCAAGGCCAUGAUGAGCAUCAACGGGGACGAGGACAGCGCCAACGCCCUUGGCCUACUAUACGACUACUACAAGGUGUGUAACGUCAGUUCAUAACAAACUAAAACUGAUAAUGAACUCUUAAUGUGAUGAGUGGAUUAAUUCAUUUGUACAUAAUAAAUUUAGCAUAUUUAAAUGUUUUUGUAGACCAACAUUGACAACCUCAAAUAAGUCUUAAAGCUUUAAAAUUUUGAAGCUUUAUGUAUUCUCAGACAAAAAGAAACACAACAAAUCAGUAACCUAGAAAUUAACCUUAAACUAUCUUGUAAGAAUCCUGAUUUUUAUUUAAUGUUUAGGAGUCAUAAAGUUGAAAGUAGACUAACACAGCUCCUCUCACUCUUUUCCUCCAGGUGCCUAAAGAGAAAAGACUUAUACCAGCUCCUAAAGUGCCUGAAAUGACAGAGGAGCAGGAGAAAAGGUCAGUGAACUCCUCUCCUUCUGUGUAUCCCAGGCAUGGUUGCACAUGUACAGACAGAAGUGUGUUAAAAAAUGCCAAACAUGUCAAUAAUAUGAAACAUUGUCCUAAAGUUUUGUUGUUUUAUCCUAGAAUUUGAAAGUAGAGACAUGUCUUUUUGGAUGUAAAGCUAAUUUAGUGGCAAAGUUAAUAAGAAAGGUACUUCCAGGUUGUAGGUGUGGCAAUAAUACACAUAAGUAGGUGUCAUUUUACCUGAUGAACUGAUGUUGAUCUACAGAGGCAGGUCUGGGUUGAGCAAACACAUCCUGAUUCCUGCUGAAAAUACAGGAAAUGCAAAAGACCAAAUGAUACAUCAUGUUGAAACUGAAAGAUUAACUUGAACAUGACAAUGAGCUAAAGUAUAAAUACCAUGUUUUCUUAGGACUACUUUGACGAGCAAUCCCAGCAGCCAGAGCGAGACGGAAACCGUGGACAACCGUGUCCAAGUCCUCAAAUCUGUUCCCGUCAAUCUGUCGCUGAACACAGAACACCAAGAGACCAAGCGAGAUCAAUUCAGCGGCUCGGCGGCGGCAGCAGCAGCCGGUACAGUAGCGACAUCAGGGGAUGGAGGCUCACCAGCCGUCGCCUUGGUGAAGGCAGAGAUGUACGCGCCCGUCUUCAUGACAGGGGCGGGACUUCACUACAGGGUGGAGGGUGAAGAGCCGGCGAGGGUGAUCUACGAGCAGAGUCCGUAUGAGGUGACCACCGUGAGCCACAGCUCGUACGUGAAGGAAGACCAGCAGAGUCCACCUGACAGCCCGUUUGAAGAGGAGAGAGACACAGUGAGAAAAUGAUAACAUGUUACUGAAGUGAAAGAUGAAAAUGAUGGCUCCUCAACUGGAGGGGUCAAAGGUUAAAUAUGAAGGACCAUCUGAUGUAAAAAACAAAAGAACUUAGUCUCCACCUUUUUUGUUUAAAGAGUUUCUAAAGGCUUUUACUCUUCGAACACACAGUUAUGAUAGAAAACGUCUCCUUUUCUUCGUAUUUCUGGGUCUGUUUUCUUUGGGUCAGUUGUGGAAAGAUGCAAAAAUUGAACAUUUUAGAUCAGAUAGUCGUCCUCUAAAGGACAGCAGAGACUUUUCUAUUGUUGAUAUUAUGCACCUAUGAUGAAAACUCUAAUGGGAAUACCAAAGAGGAAAAUUGCAGCACCAGAAGAUUUAAUGCCAGAAGAUAAUGUCAUAAGUUGAUGAUCUCUUGCUCUAUUUGCGAGGGUGGAGUCGUGAUGUAGUAGUAUGUGGAGAUAAUUGCAUGUUUAAUUAUAACUAAAAGGUUUGCUGAACAGGAAUCUACACGUAGUUGUUCAAUUGAUUGUCUGUUUACUCUAGAUCUCCAUGUUGCAGUUUUUGUACCUCUAUUUACCGCAGUGUUUAGGCUGAACUGUGUGCUUUUGUUCUAAUUUACAGGAUUGUUUACCUCGUUUCUCACAGGUCAUGUUUUCCUGUCAUUGUGUCUGAUAAUUUCCUCUUUCCGUGUGUUUUCAGCAUGCUCAUCUGCCUGCAGAUAACUUCUUAUUUCACCAGGAGGGAGUGUAAGUAACACAAAGCACCAUCACUAAGUGCACUUAAAAUCUUUAGCAAUACAUAUCUGCUGUUAAAGUUAAGUUACAGUGACCCAGAAAUGAAUUAAAGUGCAUGAGUGUUGCACCUGUAUCUCAAAUAACUGCAUCUUCUAUCAGUCCUCGAUAGUUACGUGUUUGUUUGUGUUUCUAAGUAGUGACAGCUUCCAGUACACAUUGGACGCCACACGCUCACUGCGUCAGAAGCAAGGGGAGGGGCCGAUGACCUACCUGAACAAAGGCCAGUUCUACGCUGUGACGCUAAAUGAGCUCAGUGCCAACAAACGCCUCCGUCACCCCAUCAGCAAAGUCCGGGUGAGCCAGUCAAUACACGACCGUGCCUCUUCAUCUCAUAAAUGUAAUCAUACUUAGAUUUAGCUGCGGUCGAUGUGUUUUUCUGAAACAUGUUUGAAAGUUCUCUUUCGCUGCAGCGUUUUAUUGACUCAACCAGCUCUGCCAACAGUUUGUGGCUGCUUCACGUCUGUUUUCUUCAAUUUGGUUGAUGUCUUGUUAGCUUUUUACACAAAGCAAUUCUGCAGCAGUGCUGGAAUAAAGUCCCGCCAUCACUUCACCUUUGUACAUAGACGUUAAACUCCAGCGCACUGUAAUAAUAUUAGCCAGCCUUGAAUCCAAUCCAAUCUGCUUUAUUUAUAUAGCACAUUUUAAAAAACAUUAAAGUUUGCCAAAGUGCUGCACAGUAAAAUUUAAAAGAACAAGGAAAUGAUAAAAGCAGGUAAAAAAAAACUGAAAUCAAUGAAAUAAAAACACAAAAGCAUAAAAGUGAUGAAAGGACCAUAAAAAGACAUAAAAGGACAGAGAUCACACAACUCUCGUGCUGAGCUAAAAGCCAAGGAAUGGAAAUGAGUUUUAAGACACGAUUUUAAAGUAGAAAGAGUGAAGGAUGUUUUAAUCUCGAGUUCCACAAUUGAAAUGACAGUAUACAGGAGCCUUUUCAUCCCUUGCUGGCUUCUGUUUUCCACUUCUCUUCCUCUCUUCUUUGGUGGUAAGUGUUCACCCAGUGACCAUCUAUGUCAGAAGUUAGAGCACCAACUUUUUCAGAGCUUUGAGUUCCCAACACAGCCUCUAGUUUGGUUUGAUCAGUUUGAUCUCAUAUUUUCCACCAUCUCUUCUUCUUUCUCAGAGCGUGAUCAUGGUGGUGUUCAGCGAGGACAAAAACAGAGACGAGCAGCUCAAAUACUGGAAGUACUGGCACUCUCGGCAACACACGGCCAAGCAGAGAGUCUUAGACAUUGGUAAGACUGAUUACUCUGAUUACUUUCAAGACUUUCUCCUAAUAGGGAAUUCUUCACUGUGUGUUUGAAUGAAUCAAAACAAAGAGACGAAAACACAAUGACAGUACUUGUGUGAUUGCAAAUGUUGGAAUGUACUCAGCUAAUAAACAAGGCAUGACCAAACUGAGAGCAAACAAGCCCCCACCCAACCGUCUGCCUGAGGCUGUUCAGCUGCCCACCAUCAUCCUCUAUCACUCACUCAGCUGAAGCUCUUAAUGUCUAGGUGUUGCAGAGACACACAACCCUAAAUCUUCAUAACUCCUGCGACAUUGCCUGAGAGAUUGAGCAAAACAGCAAUGUUAGAAAAGACUUGAUCACCCAAAACACCGUCACAGCUUUCACUUUUACUGCCAGCGUUUCCCACAGGUGUAUAGUGUCACUUUAAAGCCUCAUAUUUGUCUCUUAAAACCUUUGACCUUUAGUCUGUCGUAGUUUUUUUUUUUUCAGUUGAUGGAGAUGAAUGUGUACCAACCUUUUUUACACAAUGCUGAAUGAGUGUGUGUGAGAAGCUUGUAGGCGGUUUAUGUUUGACAAGCUCAGGCCUGCUAACACAGGCGGAAAGUCAGAGGUAUGUGGGAGAGUGGAGGUGGAUGGUAGUCACACACAUUCACACACCUAUACACCCAGCUUGUCAGGACAGGAGGAGGAAUGCUCGUCACACUGUUACCUCGACUGUUUACCGUCUUUUGAAAGUUAUUCUCGCCCAAUUUAGAUCUGUUUUUACGUGAACCAAAACAAAUCCUAAUCACCCGACGAUUCACACACAUCUGCUACAACUGCUGCUCUUCACUACGGCGUCACGAGAGAAAAGAGAAACACACCUUUCCGUUACGUUAGAUAUCAGAAGCCCAAGAAUCCUCAAGAGCGAGGAUGUUUAUAUGUCAAUUUUCAGAAAAAUUUGUAACAUCUAGGUAAGAUGCGUCUGUUUGUCAAAUACGGUAUCAGUUUUGUUACUCAUGGGUGAUAAAGAAGGUCCUGUUUAGAGGAAGUGCCUUAUCUUUCUCAGCGUAUUCCCCUUUGGCAUCCUGUUUGGAACAUUUGUUUGCAUGUUUGAUCCAUAGAUAAAGUCCAUCAACAGCUUCAGUAUAUUUAUCACACAGAUACACGUACUGUAGGUGAACUCGUAAAAAUCCAUCUGUUUGUUGAUACACACACUUCAUUUGGCAUGUUUGCACAAAUUACAAACUACAUCUGAAUGAAACCGAGUCACAGAUCUUUAAAGAUGAAAAAAUCUGAAUUUAUCAGAAAUUUAUGUUCGAGAUACAACUCAUAAUAAAGGUACAAACUGACUUUUUUUAUUCUGAGUUUAUCAGUUGGAGUUUUAUCUUAUUAAAAAUGUGUAUCAUAGUUCCUCAAAAAUGAAAUCAGGCUCAAUUUAGUGUCAUUAACAACCUCUGAAAACUUGAAAUUUGGUUCACUUUAAAAAUUUUCUUUCAGGUCACUACAUACAAAAAUAAAUUAUCCAAAUUAUUGCUAAUUAAUCGUGUGUAAUUGAGCUCAAGACUUCGGCCAAGGGCGGUAAAUCUCUCAAACUGCUCUGAAGGUCAAAUGACAGACUCCUCCACCCGCCUCCUCAGAUCCAGGUCAGCCUGUCGCUGGAUGCAGCCUGUAACCUGACGCUGCCCAGAGAGCUGAUUCAAAUAGCGGUGGAGGGUUUGUGUGCGUGUGUGUGUGCGUGCCUGUGUGUGUGUGUGUUUUGGGAGUGGGGGUUAUCAUGCCCCCGGGCCACGUCACAGAAUGGAUCAUUUGAAUGGGGCUGUUUAAUGAGGGGAGGGGGGCUGGCAGAGAGGCAUGUCUGUACCUGCCCUGCCUCUUUGUGCACCUGCUAUUAAAGAACCAGGAAGUGUCGCUGUAACGGCAGGUUAGGAUGAAGGAGGGGGUCAGAGGUCAGCAAAGAUGGGGAAUACUCUGAGAUAUGAAGAGUUUGUUCUCCAGACAAUCAACACAAAAUAUGCCUGUUUCAUUUUAUCAAGCAGGUUUUGAUUUUUCUUAAUCAUAUCAACGAAAACUCAUGGCAGGCAAGAGAAAGGAAAGAGGCCUCAUUGUUAGAGUUAAAUCUGCCACCUCCAAGAUGGCUGGUUCUGGGUUUGAAUUUCAGCAGGGUCUUCUUUUGCAGAGCUCAAAUAUUCAGUACUCACAUCAUACUUUUCAUGAAGCUAAUAUCCCACUGAACAAUAGACCGCUAUUAGACAUGUAGGUUUUUUUUUAAAUGUCAACUGUCUAGAUUCUGUAUUAUAUUAUGUGUUCGAUAGAUAGAUAGAUAGAUAGAUAGAUAGAUAGAUAGAUAGAUAGAUAGAUAGAUAGAUAGAUAGAUAGAUAGAUAGAUAGAUAGAGCCCAGAUUUAGACUAAACUUCGUCUAAAUUUAGAUGUCUAAAAAACUUUCAUUUUUAGACGUGUGGUAGCCUGAUUUUAGACCAGCCAUCAUGGCCAGUGCUUCUCAACUGGUGAGUCUUGACCCACAAGUGGGUCAUGGACACGUUCUGGAUGGGUCACGAACAGCUGGUCAAAAAAGUAAAUAUUUAAUGCAAUAUUUAUUAGAUAUUUUCUGGAUAUGCAACUUCAGUAGUUGUCGUCCUCAUGUUGUCCCCUUCAUGUGCUCUGACAUGCACUUUACUCAAUAAAACAAGUGGAUCUAUGUUAAAGAUUAGAGUCUUUGAAUUUUUUUAUCAUAAAUAAAAAAUUUGCUUGGUUUGAAUUCUAUAAAAGUGGGUCGCGACUUAAGGACCAUGGGAAAAUGUGGGUCCCAGAGUGAGACCAGCUGAGAAAAACUGCUCUAGGCGACAUUUAGGCAUCCAUUAGACCUCUUUUAGACCAAAAAAUGCUCAGUGGGAUGGUCUGGGUCCUACCACUGUAGUCUGGCAGGUUCUGGGUUCAAACCGCGGCAGGAGGCCUUCCCUGUGUGGAAAGAAUAUCCCUCCUACCUUCCUUUGCAGUCUUAACCAUGAUUUUGAACCACCACGAUGUAACAGAAGAUGGGUAAAGCUGAACAAGUCAGUCCUGCAAAGUGGUCCUUAAGUAUGAUGCCACUGAAAGUACUUUCAAAAUAAAAGGAGAUGUAAAAAGUUCAAUAGACAAAAGUGAUUCGAACCAAAACUCUUCUUUUCUACCAAGCCGUGAACAUGUUUAUUUCUGUUGUUAGGAUAAGUAUUUUAACACGGCUCUCAGCCAGUCUCAAGUCAGACACCUGAGUUUUCAGCACUUCUGCACUGGCCUCAUGUUUCAACAUUUGAAGUUACUGUUUCUCAUGAAUUUAAUGUCUUCAAAACACCAUUUCACACCCGCAUUUAUAUUUUCUGUUUUUAACCCCUUUAGACGACUCUAACUUGCAUCUUAAAUUUCCUGUAGACUGGCAGUCUAUAAGUCAGACAGGUCAACAAUCCGCAGCCUAUGUGCUCACCUGAGUGGCUUUUAAUGCCCUCUUCAAAGCUAUAAAGCCUCCUGUGUUCCCCCUGCUGACUUUAGAGCCUUUGAGGGAUUGUUUGCUCAACUAGAUAAGGUUUUAUCUUAUAAAAUUGAAGCGUGCCAUUUGAUCGCUUAUCUAAACGAACAAAAGCGAUCUUCUUUUGUCAUUUAUUGACCGAUUUGUGCUGUACAUGGAAGCUGAUAUGACGUUCAGCUGGGUUUGUCAAACAGCGCAUAAUAAACAAUUCAAGCAAACUUGUUAUUCAUGUUCUCAAAAUACUCAACAUGUUGCUUUGAAGGGGUUGUUGAGGUCACAGAACUUAGAGUUGCUUUCUUUUAUUCCCACAGCUGACUACAAGGAGAGCUUCAACACAAUCGGCAACAUCGAAGAAAUUGCCUACAACGCCAUCUCCUUCACUUGGGAUGUGAAUGAAGAGGCCAAGGUACGAGAGCUCUUCAAAUGUCACUGUAAUUUUCCCAGAAACCGGUCCCCUGUAUUUACUCUCGCUGAAGGUGUGUUGCACAUGUUAAAAAAGUAGUCGAACAAGUUUUUUGUGCUGAUUCAAAUGUUGGCAAAUAAUUGCACUCGCUCUGAAAAAAUUGGCCGAGCGUCAUCAUCAUUACGACACUUCAGAGCUCUUAAAAAUCGGGGAAUUAGAUAAUUAAUUUCUUGUAUAAAACAGGACCGAAAGCCUCAAGAAGUCGUUUAAAAAGUUGGUUGGCAAAAUUGUGUACUUUAGCUCUGUUUGUCUCUUUGUCUUUGUGCGGCCCACUCCUUUGUGGCCACUCCUUAAAUGGAGCCACAACACUGUUUGAACUCCAGAGGCCCCCAAGGGCCAACACACACCAAUCCCUGUCUCCACCCACUGUUGUUUGUUUUGCCCUCAUUUCUGUGUGAAUGUUAGAGUGUGUGUGUGUGUGUGUGUGUGUGUGUGUGUGUGUGUGUGUGUGUGUGUGUGUGUGUGUGUGUGUGUGUGUGUGUGUGUGUGGGAGUCGGUCUCUGUUUGUGUUCUGUGGCUCUUUCAUUGUAAUAGCUGCCUCAGGGACAAAGACGUUGCUGGAGGAAAUCCAAGCACACUUCUCUGAGGCAAUAUUGACUUUUUCUCUCGUUCCCUCUCUCUCUCUCUCUCUCUCUCUGCCUCUCUUUCUUUUCAUCUGAGUGCCUGUUGAGCCUGAAUUUACCAGGAACAGGUGUAAUGACCAGGUACUUGAUUGUAGCCUGCCUCGUGCUUUUCUAGUUACAGGACUUAGCAGGAAAUAACAGAUCUAUAACAUCUUUAUCAAGUUAAACAAAUGAACUCUGGGGAUUUGCAAAAUCAUAAGAUAAGAGUUUUCUUGUUUGGGAUUUUUAGUGGUUUAUGUUAUGAGCAGAAAGAGGAAGACUGCAUUCAAUAGAUCAAACAUUUGUACACAUCCAUGUGAUGCUCAAAUAUGCAGUUACAUGUAUUUUUAAUUACCACUUAUAUUUAAGAUAUCAAAAAGUUAAAAAGCAACAUUGCAAGAAAAAGAAUAUAAGAUACUUCUUUGACCAAACAGAGCCAAAAGGUUUAGUGUUAAAGCUCAAAACUGGCUUAAGCAGCAGCAGCAGAAAUGUGAACAUUAACUUCUCUCAAGUCACUGUCAGUAUAGCCCUUUAUUAAAGUUAGUGUUCAGUUUAAUUUGUGUAAUGUUUAUUUAUUCGUGUCAUUCACUGUAUUAUCCAUUGUAUUUGUAUUAUUGCAUUUAUAGUAUUUAGUAUAUUUUAUCUUUCACUAAAGCCUGACCAGGGACAAAGACUGCAAAUUAGCUCAAGCUAGACGUCUUGUGUGCAUCACAUUCUCCAUUUCUUGUGGCAAUGUUGUAUGCAUUGUCCCUGUAAAAUAGACAUUAAAAUUAAAAUAAUUAAAAAACAAAUGGAUAAAUAACUGCUUAUUUACUGUGACACCAAAUUCCUGUUUAUGGGACUGACUUUUUUUAACAUUUCUCCCUCUCCUCGCAGAUCUUCAUCACGGUGAACUGUCUGAGCACAGAUUUCUCCUCCCAGAAGGGGGUGAAGGGUCUUCCUCUGAUGAUCCAGAUCGACACAUACAGCUACAACAACCGUAGCAACAAACCGCUGCACAGAGCGUACUCGCAGAUAAAGGUUUUCUGCGACAAGGUGAGAAAUCAAGAUGUCGUCUUUCUAUCAAUCAGUAAAUUCAUGGCCACUUAUGGAAAGAGGUUGUAUGCUGGGGAACAUAUUUUUACCAUUAGGGUGGCAGUGCAGGAUUACUGAUGACAUUCUUAUAAGUUAUUGCUUCAUGCCUAAUAACUGACUCUACUCUUUUUGUCAAAGUUUUACCGAAAAAUGAUGGCCAUAAUUUCCUCACAGCCUGAAUUGAUGGGAUCAAAUGGCUAGUUUUGUUUAAAUAUUUGUUUAAAUAUUUGGCCAAAAUGGAAAAAUAAUUUUGAAAAAGAUCAGUUUGAGUAAAUAUUUCUGUGGAGAAACCAGCACUUUGCUAUUACCAGAUGAUAAUGUGAACCUUCUCUUGAAAAAUGUAAAAAUUUUCUUUGACCGAGGAGCCCCCUGUCAGUGUAAUUUUUAUCCGUUCUCACUGGAAGUAAAAUAACUUGAGUUCACAUGUGAAGUCAAAGAAGUAAUCGCUGCAUUUCUAUGACUUUUAUUAAAGAAGAAGAAUUUUUACAGGAUUUUUCCUUUAAAAAAGUUGCAAAGCAAAUUUAAAGUCUGUUGCAGUGGGUUUGACUGUGCAGAAUUCCCAGUCAGACAGAGGGUGGCGAUGGGAGGUGCAAUCAUGUCAUCAGCUCUCCCUCUAGUGGCCUCACCUGCUCCUGCAGUGAGCCUCGGGCUUUAUCUGUUUUUUUUUUUUUUUUCUCAGGGAGCCGAGAGGAAAAUAAGAGACGAGGAGAGGAAACUGUUCCGGAAGAAGUCAAAAGGUUUGAGUCUUUUUGUCAUCCAAAUUAGUGAAAUGUAUAUAUUCUGCCAUGCUUUUUCUAAAUCUUAUUCCUUCGCUCAGGAAAAGACGGAGGCGUAGGUGUAAUAACCGUCCCAAAGAAGUCUGACACGACCUUUUUCAAGACCAUGACUGACCUGGAGGCUCAGCCCGUUCUCUUCAUACCAGAUGCUCACUUUGGAAACCUGCAGAGAGCUGGACAGGUGGACCAUCUCUGCAAACAUGCUUUUUUUCUAACUAACACAAAAAGCUUAAACUCACAUUAACACUGAAUUAUUCAUUUCCAGGUUUUCACUUUUAACACAGAGGAGAUCGAGAGGGAAGGGUGAGUGUGUGCAUCAAAAGGAAAUUUCAUUUACAUCCACUCACAAUAAAAGAUGCACAUGCAAAAAGGCCUGACAUCAGACAUACACGGGAGCCUCUUCGUGUUCGGGACAUGACACCCCUGUGUUUUGAUGUGAUUUUAGGAGUGUGCUGGUGAAGAGGAUGUUCAGGUCGUCAGAAGAAGAUCUUUGUCCGUCACCGCAUAAACAAAUCAAAGAGGAGACACAAAAAAGAGGUAAGAGAUGACUGCUUUACUUAGAGCUUCUAAAUCCUAGCAGUGAGAGAGUUUGACAAGUUGUUGUUGAUUUAUCUGAGAACAUUAAAAGGAUAUUCCGACGUAAAAGUAAUUUAGGGUCAAACACACCGUAACACCAAGUUGGACACCCCCUCAAGAGAUGAAUAUUGCUGACCGCUUGCUUCUCUAGUUAUACCAACUUUAGUAACGACCGCAGGAUAGCAAUACACAGCGGUCUGAGGAGCCAUAAAUAAACCUCAACCAAAACGCCACUUUAUAGCCACAAAUAAUGUUCAGAACAGCACCUAACUUCAUCAACAGUACAUAUAGAGUCCCAGCGACAGCACUAGCCACCAAACAUCUUUUUAACUUUGCCUGAUUUCUUUGGCAAAAAGCUUUAACACAACUCACCUACUCUCUUCCAGCAGCCGCUUGUUUGUAGCAAGACCGCGGACCAGUCCAUUACAGGCUGCAGCGGGGUGACGCAGCUCAAGGCAGAACAUUUAUGAUCAUUUCUUCAUGGAAAUGCAAUCAGACCGAAUCACUAAGCAGAAGAACUACCGCAUCUGCAGUGCAAAAUCAUGAAUAUGGUGAUUAUUACCUCAAGGAAAUGAUAAAUUAGUGAUCAUAAAUGUUCUUCCUUGAGCUGCGUCACCCCGCUGCAGCCCGUAAUGGACUGGUCCGAGGUCUUGCUAUAAACAAGCGGCUGCUGGAGGAGAGUAGGUGAGUUGUGUUUAGUCUCUUUGCUAAAGAAAUCAGGCAAAGUUUAAAAGAUGUUUGGUGGCUAGUACUAUGGCUAGGACUCUCUUUGUACUGUUGAUGAAGUUAGGUGCUGUUCUGAGCAUUAUUUGUGGCUAUAGAGUGGCGUUUUGGUUGAGCGUGUGGCUGUCUGUAUCACUAUCGUAACUAAAGUUGGUAUAAUUAGAGAAGCAAGCGGUCGGCAACAUUCAUCUCUCGAGGUGGUGUCUAACUCAUUGUUACGGUGUGUUUGUGUGUUUGACCCUUUAUUAAUUUUACACCAGAAUAUCCCUUUAAGACUUCAUGUUCACGUUGCCUUAAUAGUUGAGACUGAAAGUAAAUCUGGUGGGACUGGUGGGUCGAAGUGCCACACUCUGGUCUCUUUUUGGUCAUUGUGUGCAAACACAUGUAUGCACAUCAUAUUUGUCUGCCUGUUAACGCCUAAUCUUCCUCUGCAGUGCUGUUGUAUGUAAGAAAGGAGACUGACGAGGUGUUUGACGCUCUGAUGCUGAAGUCUCCCACGCUCAGAGGAUUGAUGGAUGCUGUGAGUGAUGUCUCUUUGAUUACUAUUGUGAGCGAGAAGAGCUUCAAAGAAAUCAUCAGCGUGUUACCUGUCUAUAAACUGCUUUCAUUUUCCAUACGUAGAUAUCUGAGAAGUACGGCGUGCCCCCUGAGAGGAUAGCCAAAGUGUACAAGAAGAGUAAAAAAGGGUGAGUGAGCGAAGAUAUUAUAAUUUUAUGGAGGAGCUUUGUCUUUUACACUUAAAUGAAAUGACAAAUUAAAAUGUCUUUGUAUGUCAGGAUCCUCGUGAACAUGGACGAUAACAUCGUCGAGCAUUAUUCCAACGAAGACACCUUCAUCCUCAACAUCGAGAGCUACGCAGACGCCUACAAGAUCACGCUGACAGAGAUCUGCUAGAUCUUCAGUCAACCUGAAGGACUGCAAAGAAAAAAAACAAACAUGCUGUGACUCUCUGGUUGGCCAAAGUCUACAAGGCUGCUAUUGAUUGGUUGAGAAGCUGACUGACAGUAUUGAAGACAGUCUGUCGUGGCCCUGCUGCGACACUCUGAGGUCAAUGGCGGCUCACACACUGAUCCCUCUCUUGAUCAUUUUCCUCUGAGAAGAAAGUUUUAUUUUUUUGUGCAAGAAGGGGAAAAAAACAACACGAUAAUAAAAGGACGUUUUUAAAAAUCCAUAUCAACCGGUUAUAAUUACCUCCUCAUCGUACCCAUGUGGUGAAAUCAUGGAGUACAGAUCCACAUCCUCCAUUUUUGCUGAAUAAUUUUUUUGUAUAAAAUAAUUGUUCUCUAAUCUACAUCUGUACAGUCUUAUGUUUUUGCCAAAUAACACAUCAGUGUAGCUCCCUGAUAUCUCUGAUGUAUUGUAUGUAGCUUGAAUUAGUUGGUCCCUAGCGACAUAGCAGCAUCUUUGCAUGCCAGCCUUGUUUUUGUUUAGUUGUGUUAUUAUUUAUUAUUAAUGUCAAUGUUUUCCACUCUCUUGUCAAUUCCUCCGAUAUUUCAAGUACUUUACAUUUCAGAUAUUUCUUAGACACCCUGUGUACGAGUAGGCUACUCAAGAAGUUAGUAGAUGGCUCACCCCUUUUCCACAGUCGUGUAAAAUUCACAUUUCAACAUAAAGCACAGGUGUUUAUUUUGUACUGUACAUGAGAUGUAAACAACUUCUGAGGAGAGACAAAUGGCACUUGGUUGUUGUGUAGCUCUCAUGUCCUUUGCUGUGUUGAGAAGGGAAUAAAGUAUAGAAGUUUUAGUCCUGCUUGUGUUUGAUUUUUUUAAAGUGCGCUUAAAAUCAUUAGGAUCAGUCUGGUUGGGUAUUCAGGGGUCUUUAAGCUAAAUACGUACCUCAUCAGGCAAAUUUUUUCAAUUAGCUAAGGUUGAUGGGACUGUGAGCUAAGCAGGUAUCAACUUUUAAAAUGAAAAAAU